AUGUCAGACGUCCCCGACUCACUGGCCCAAGACCGGCCGGGCCACCAAAAGAUCGACGAUGCCUUCGAGGGGAAGACGAAAGCGCAAAAAGAGGCUAAAUUAGCGGAAAGUAGCGCCAGCGGGCCCACUGAUAGCCAUAUUUUGUCUCAAGUAAACCCGGACGAAGAGGCGAAGGGUCUCGCCCAUAAGGCUGGCGAGGAUAACCAGCUCUCUGAUAUUGGCUGGGGUAGGUCGGAUGUCAUUGAGGAGCGGAUUGUGCAGGGGUUGUCGAAUGAGGAUCUGUUCUUGUUGAUUCGACGGUUUAAUAAGCAAAUCUACAAUGUCAAAUCCGUCCCUGAUGCCCCGUUGCAGAGACUCGAUCUGAAUCGUGCAGAGGAUGAUCACUUUUCUCCGGAUAAGCUCCGCGCGACGCUGGAGCGGUUCUAUACAACCAUUGUUAUUGGUCUAACGGCCUUUGUUAAACAUAUCGCGAGAUUGCGCUCGUGGAGAGAGCCCCGUCGGACGACCGCUUUCUGCUCGGUCUACUUCAUAGCAUGUCUCUUGGACAUCCUACUUCCUACAGUAUUCACCGCGCUAAUCGUCUUGGUCGUCUUCCCUCAAUCACGAAAACUGCUAUUCCCUCCUGCGCCUAUUGCGUUGGUCAACACAGAAACAGGCGGCGUCCAGAAACCCAAGGCUGGGGUUCUAGGCUCCCACGACAGCGUAACAGGCGCACCGGAGAAAUUCAAGGGCGAGGCAGCCGAGCAAGAAGCCAGCAACCUAAUUGCCAGCGUUGCUACUGUGGCCGUGGGGAGUGCCGCUGGUAAACAUGACCAAGGGACACCCCAGGAUGCUCCGAUGGAGGACCAAGUCCCGGAUGCGAUGGAUAUCGUCUCUAAAGCCGCUGAUGCGCAGGCCGCGGCGAAGGGCGAGGAUCCCUCUGAUGACCAUGAUAAGACACGAGAUCCGAUGCGGCAGACCGUUCUUAAUGGCGCGGACCAGGCGAUGCGGGUCAUGGCUGAUGUGAUUGAUACCUGGGAGCGGUUUGGGAAUGCGCUGUCGCCCACGCCUCCGUUUUCGAUGAUGACGCCCCGUCUGCGCCUGGUUGGCGUGCUGGUAUCUGGGCUCCUGGCGGCCAUUCUAACAUCCAGCUAUGUAUUCACCAAGAUGAGCACCUUGUUCGCUGGCUUUGGCUUCUUCGGAGACCCCAUUAUCCAGCGUGGCAUCCAGUAUCUGGACCGCGAAUAUCCACACUGGAAGGAGUUGUCUCAACUGCAGAAUUCUCUCUUCAAGGGUGUCCCGACAAAUGCACAGCUCACCCUAACUUUGCUGCGUAUCGGAGAAGCAAACGCUGCGCCAUUGCCACCACCUCCUUCAGACUCUCUCGGUAAAGCGCCCUCAAGACCAGCCUCCAUCGACCACAAACAGCUCGCUAUCGGGGCUACAUCAGAGGAAAUCGACCGAGCCGCAGCCCCAGAGCCAAAACACCAUCACGACCACCACCACCACGAAAAAGCCGACGAGCAACACUCAAAAGAAACAGACAAACACUCUCAUAAAGAAAAGAAACCUCUCUCCGCAAAAGUCCUCAGCUUCUUCCGCGGCACCACAGCCGCCAGCAUCGAAAGCAAGCUGGCCGUGUCCCGCGCCAGAGCAGAAGUCCCCGUGCUCGGGACUUCGCACGCAAAGAACCAGAAGGGCGUUUUGCAGAAGAAGGGCCUUGAGAUCCUACCCUCUGGCCCUGUGGAGUUCGACGCGCGGUAUCACGGACAUCGCGGGAUGGCGAUUCUCGAUUCCUCGCAUGAGCCGCCGGUGCUUUAUUUCACGACGGACUCGACUGCGCAGCUGGGUGAUUAUAGGCUGGAGAGCCGCAAGAAGGGCAGUGUCUAUUUCGAUAUUCCCGUUACUGAUAUCAGGGAGAUGAGGAAGAUUGGUGGGAUGGGGUGGAAGGGGAAGCUGGUUACCGGCUGGGCUGUUGGGGGGAAGGAGGUUGUUGAUGGCAUCGUUGUCACUGGCAAACAGGCAGACCAGACGUUCCGGCUCACGGCUAUGGGGAAACGGGACGAGCUAUUUAAUCGGCUGGCUGCAAUUGAUGGACAGGUUUGGCAAAGCUUUUGA